CGACAGAGUACGACCAUGGCGGCGCCGGAGAUAAGCCACCGUUCGGUGGCGGCGAACGGCAUCUCCAUCCACGUCGCCGAGGCCGGGCCCCAGGGAGGCCGAGCGGUGCUGUUCGUGCACGGCUUCCCGGAGCUCUGGUACUCGUGGCGCCGCCAGAUGGAGCACCUGGCGGCGCGGGGCUACCGCUGCGUGGCGCCCGACCUCCGCGGCUACGGCGGCACCACGGCCCCGCCCGACCCCUCCUCCUACACCGCCUUCCACAUCGUCGGGGACCUCGUCGCGCUCCUCGACGACCUCCGCCUCCCCCAGGUGUUCGUGGUGGGGCACGACUGGGGCGCCAUCGUGGCGUGGAACCUCUGCCUGCUGCGGCCGGACCGGGUGCGCGCGCUCGUCAACCUCAGCGUCGCCUUCAUGCCCAGGAACCCCUCCAUCAAGCCAAUCGACUACUUCCGCCGCGCCUAUGGCGACGACUACUAUGUCUGCAGAUUCCAGGAACCUGGAUUUGAAGCAGGUUUCGCUAGUUUCGACUUGAAGAGGUUCUUCAAAAUGGCAUUAACUGUUCAAACCACAGGUUCUUCUGCCAUGUCCCUUGAAAAAAUGCAGGCCAGCAACAAGGAAAUAGCACUGCCAUCUUGGCUCUCUGAGGAGGAUAUCAGUUACCUAGCAAGCGUAUAUGCAAAGACUGGCUUUGCUGGUGGCCUUAAUUACUACCGCUGUUUAGACCUGAACUGGGAACUGAUGGCACCAUGGACAGGAGCAAAAGUGCAAGUGCCAACCAAGUUUAUUGUUGGGGAUGGCGACCUGGCAUACCAUCACCCAGGAGUCAAAAGCUACAUACACAAGGGUGGGCUCAAGAGAGAUGUGCCUCUGCUCGAGGAGGUGGUGGUCAUCAAGGGUGCUGGGCACUUCAUCCAGCAGGAGAGGGCGCAGGAGAUCAAUGAUCAUAUCUACGAUUACAUCAAGAAGUUCAACACGGACAUCUCAACACCGAAAUUAUCGAAAUUGUGAGAUAGUUGGUUGAUGUACAUAGUUAAUAAUCAAGAAACUUAUGUGAGUAUGUUUCCCUGAGAUACUGCAGCUUGAAAACUUGUAGCAUGUGGAUUCCUUCACUGAAAAUAGAGAUAGCACGAGUCGUGUA